CUACCAAUUGCCGAAGAUUUAAUUGAUUCAAGCCCAAUUACGUCUCUUACUACAACAAUAUGGCGUCAACUGAUUCAUCGAAAGUCUUUGAUGCUCUGAUCGUAGGUGGAGGAAUAUCCGGACUUGCAGCCGCUCUCACACUGGCUAGGCAGCAACACACCGCAGUCGUUCUUGACUCACAGGUCUAUCGAAAUGCUCCGAGCCCACAUAUGUACAAUGUUCUAACAUGGGAUCAUGAAGACCCGCAAGACUUUCGGGCUGCAGCGAAGAAGAACAUCUUGGAAUACUACUCAACUAUUAACUUUCAAAAGGUCGAAGUUGUAUCUCUCGAGGAAGUCAAGAGCACCGCCACUCAGCAAACAUUCAGGGCCACGGACCGAAAUGGUGGAUCUUGGUUUGGAAGGAAAAUCAUCCUUGCUAACGGCGUCCGUGAUGUCUUUCCCGAUAUAGAAGGUUACGCGGAGUGUUGGGCUAAGGGAAUAUACCACUGCUUCUUCUGUAAAGGAUAUGAAGCAAAAGGUGUCUCGACGGCCGGGAUUUUGGCUCUUCCAGACCUAACCAGCGCUCCUGCCAUCUUGCACGCUGCUAGAACGGCAUCCCGGUUCGCAAAGUCUAUCACAAUCUAUACGCACGGCUCUCACGAGUUAGAGCAUGCUAUUCAAGAAGCUCAAAGAUCAAACCAGUUGUUCAAAGUAGACAACAGGAGUAUCACAAGGUUUGAGAAAGGACCAGGGUUUGCAGAUGUCAUAAUCCAUUUCGAAGGAGGCGAAAAGGCUACCGAGGGAUUCCUGGGACACAAGCCUAAAACAGAGCCGAAGGGGGACUUCCAUAAACAACUUGGACUCGAAAUGACUCCGAUGGGAGAUCCCGUAAGCAAACCUAUCUUCCUAGAAACGACAAGAAAGGGUGUCUUUGUGAGUGGGGAUGGAGCGUCCCCUAUCAAGAUCAUUCCACAGUCCCUAUUCUCUGGUUCGGCAGCAGCAGCGGCAGUCUGUGCGCAGAUUCAAGCCGAGGACGCCGGUCAACCUUGCAUUUUCUAACCGAUGGGGUGGAGGUAUCCUGUCAAGUAGCUUUCUUUAUCGAGGUAUAAUCGAUUCUAUUUCCCUUUUGUUUAUGAUUACUUGUAGUUGAUUGAUUACUGGACCUCAGCGACUUUUUCAGGCCAAUCUAGGUCAAAUAAGCGCAUGUACCUGGCGAGCGUACUAUUAGAACGUUAAGAUGAAGCAGUAUUGGUAUCAAAUUCCAGAUGGUCUGAUUGAUUGUGUUGAGGUCGUGAGAACGCGCUAUGCACGAAUAAUUACAGGAGAACAGAGUUUCCAGGCCACCUAACACAUGUAUAUUUACAAACAAUUGAUUCAGCAUCCAAUGGAUCAUGCCUACCUAACCUAUGUUACACCGCGUGGGCAUAAUUUCAUCAUUUUGAAGCUCGGAACCCGACCGGUAGCCGUGGCGGUGGCAGGUUCCAGUUGCAUAGGCGAGGCAAUGUACCACGGCC